UACUCAGAACAGAACCAGAAUUUGACAUAAAGCGAUUUGUUCAGGUUCUCAAAAAAUUGUUGGUGUUUUGUCGAAUAUUUAGUUUUGCUGUAUAUCAACGGUUCUAACGAAUUGUUCUGUCAGUCAGUAAGAAAACUGUCUAAUUUCUCAAUUAGUUUUUAAAGAAGAAUAAUGAAGAAUCAACUCAUUACAUUAUUCGUAAUUAUUAGCGUAUGUCAUGGACAAAGUCAUGGCAAAGCGACCACUAACAGUUCUAUUGUAAUCAACAAUCAGACAGAUCCAAUUCCUCCAGUCACUGAAAUUCCACCAGGUCCUUCAGGAAAUCAUUCAACACCUACACCACCUCCUAACUCAACUACAACUUCAACAACUCCAGUAACCCCUACAACUACAAAUGCGACAACGACAUCGACAACUACAACUACUACUGUUCCGACACCAACUACAACAUCAAAGCCAACUACAUCAACAACUGUUUCCACAACUUCAACCACUACUGCAAAAACAACAACAAAAACAAGUACUCCCACGCCAUCACCUUCCUCAACUACAACAAAAGCAACCCCAACAACAAAAUCGCCAGUAACAACAGCAGCUCCUUCUCCAGCAAAUAACCGGAAAUUUGAUGGUCCAAGUUUCGUUGGUGGAAUUGUGUUAGCAUCCGGGUUAAUGGCCAUAGGGUUUGUCGCUUUCAAAUUUUAUAAAGCACGCACCGAGCUUAACUAUCAUACUCUGUAACUAGAGUUUUAUGAAGAAGAUAAUUAAAAAAAUGUUUCUAUUGUUUUAUGUGAUAAAAUCGAAUUUUAUGUACUCUCUUAGUUUAUUUCUGAACUCAUUUUUUUCGAAACUUUAGAUAAAUGUUUUUUUUUUCUUUCUGUUGCGUUCAUUUAAUUGUUUUCGUGGAUCAAAAAAUAGUGCAACUCAAGAUUUUAAUUCUGUCCGAUAAAAGUGCUCUUAAUAGAGUAGUUUUAAAAUUACUCAAUUGAAUUAAUGAGGGUGCGCUAGUCGUAAGGUCUAGUUGAAUACAUAUAUUUUGUCAACAUGUUAGGGGCGCGCCAUGUUAUUGUUUAAGUGAAAGUGAUAUUUUUGCAAAGGUUGUGCCCCCUAGGUCAGAGUAAAUUAUAUCAGUGUAGAUAAACGCAUAGACUAGUUUUUGAAGUAUAGUACACAGUGUUUUAAUUUGGUGCACUUAAUUUCAGAUAGCAACGUUCUUCAUGUUGUACAUUACGUAUAUUAUCAGGCUUUUCUCAAAUAAAGUUUGUUUACUUA